AUGGGCUAUCGGCUGGCCUACGCGACGCUCCUCUGGCUGUCACUAUUUGCCGUCGUGGUCCACGGUACCGCGCAACGGCAAAACUAUCCCGAUGAUAAUCAGACAACCAAAGACUCGCAUGAGCUCAUCAACGUGAUCCCGCUUCUUCUCGUGUUUUGUUUCCCUUCAAAAUUCUACCAGGUGGCCGUCCGGGUGCGGCCUUUCAACUCCCGCGAAAUCAGCAACACCUCGAAAUGUAUCAUUGGGAUGACGGGGAAUACAACAACCAUCUCCGGUUCGGGCGGGGCUCACUCGUUCAACUUUGACCACUCCUACUGGUCGUUUCGGAAUGAGGACCAGCAUUUUGCCACUCAGCAGCAGGUCUAUGACGAGCUCGGAGUGGAGAUGUUGCAGCAUGCUUUUGAUGGUUACAACGUCUGCAUCUUUGCGUACGGCCAGACCGGCUCCGGCAAGUCCUACACCAUGAUGGGCAAGUCCAACGACGAAAAGGCAAGUUUUCAAAAGAGACGGUUGUGCAACGACUUGUUCGGCCGGAUCGGCAACAACAAUGGAGAAGUACAGUAUUCGGUUGAGGUGUCCUACAUGGAAAUCUACUGCGAGCGGGUGCGCGAUCUUCUAAACCCAAACUCGAGCGGAAAUCUGCGAGUUCGAGAGCAUCCCCUUCUCGGGCCGUACGUCGACGACUUGACCAAGUUGGCCGUCCAGAAUUAUGAGGAUAUUGUGAAUCUGAUGGAUGAGGGGAAUAAGGCCAGAACUGUUGCCGCCACGAACAUGAAUUCGACGUCCUCCCGAUCUCACGCCGUCUUCACCAUCGUUUUGACGCAAAAGCGCCACGAUGUUGCAACAAAUUUGGAUACGGAAAAGGUGGCCAAAAUCUCGCUCGUCGACUUGGCCGGCUCAGAAAGGGCCAACUCGACCGGGGCCGAGGGCCAACGUCUCAAAGAGGGCGCCAACAUCAACAAGUCGCUGACCACCCUCGGCCUCGUCAUUUCCAAGCUCGCCGAGGAGGCUGGCAAAAAGAAGGGCAAGGGAAAGCCGGUCGUUCCCUAUCGUGACUCGGUGCUGACAUGGCUACUACGCGAAAAUCUCGGCGGAAAUUCUAAAACUGCUAUGGUGGCCGCGCUAUCGCCAGCUGACAUUAACUACGACGAGACGCUGAGCACGUUGAGAUACGCUGAUCGAGCAAAGCAAAUCGUCUGCCAGGCCGUUGUCAACGAGGACCCGAACGCCAAGCUCAUCCGCGAGCUCAAGGAGGAGGUGAACAAGCUGCGCUCGAUCCUCGAAGACAAGGGCAUCGACCAGGCCGAAUGGGACCCAUCUCAAUCGCAAACCCUGCAAAGACCAAGGGCCCUUUUCUCGGCACGCGACAACGAAACUAUCGAACAACUGAAGGCCUCCGAAAAGCUGAUGAACCAGCUGAAAGAGUCGUGGGAGGAGAAGCUCAAACGAUCCGAAGAGAUUCGACGGCAGCGCGACGAGGAACUCCGAGAAAUGGGGUUGGCUUGCGGGGAAGACGGAAACACGCUAGGCGUCUUUUCGCCGCGAAAACUGCCCCAUCUCGUCAACCUCAACGAAGAUCCGUUGAUGAGCGAAUGUUUGCUGUAUUAUUUGAAGGAGGGGACGACCACCGUCGGUCGUCCAGAAGCGGAUCCGCGUCCGGAUGUGCUGCUCUCCGGUCAGAAUAUUUUGGAGGACCAUUGCGAAUUUAUUAACGAGGACGGAUCGGUGACGCUGGCACCGAGAAGGCAAGCCCAAUGCUUCGUGAACGGACGUCCCAUCACUGAACCGACCGUGCUCCACACCGGUUGUCGUGUCAUCCUCGGCCAAUACCACGUCUUCCGCUACAACGACCCGCAAGAAGCCCGCCAAUCGAGACACAACCUCGCCGGCUCGCUGACAGCUUCUGUCAUUAGCGAACAACCCCUCGACUGGAAGUACGCACAACAGGAGCUGCUCGAGAAACAGGGCAUUGAUUUGAAGGUCGAGAUGGAGAAGAAGCUGCUCGACCUGGAGAGUCAGUAUCGAAGGGAGAGGGAGGAGCUCGAGCUCAAGAUGAUGCGACAAACGAAGGAAUACGAGACUCGAAUCGAGACCCUACAACGGCAAGUGGACCUGGCGCAGUCGAUGAUCACCUCAACGUGCUCGAAUUGGGAAGGCGAACGACUUCUCACCUCUUCUCUGUUGCAAUUUGCUGAGGAAUGCAAGUGGACCCCAGAUCAGGAAAGGAUAGCAAGAAGAGUUGCCGUCAAAUGGAAAUACCACCAAUUCACGUCUGUGCGUGACGACCUCUGGGGCAACGCCAUCUUUAUCAAGGAGGCCAACGCGAUUUCGGUGGAGCUGAAGAAGAAGGUGCAAUUCCAAUUCGUUCUCCUCACCGACACGAUGUACUCGCCGCUGCCGCCGGAUCUGCUACCACCUGGGGAGGAUUUGUCGUUGAGACCCUAUCCGAAGACCGUCGUCGCUAUCCAGGUACAAGACCUCAAAAACGGCGCCACGCACUACUGGAGCAUCGAAAAGCUGAAGCAGCGUCUGGAGGAGAUGCGCUCUUUCUACAACGCCGAGGUGAGCGAGAUUGGGACUCCAGUGGAGGGCCCUCCACGUUCCGGAUCCGUGAUCACCGACGGAUGGCUGGCGGCGCUGUCCCUCAAUCCUGCACGGCUCAUCCCCGACAGACAACGACUCGAGUCGAUGCGUGAUCUCUACGAGACGGAGGGCGAAAUGUCGCCCGUCAGCCCCGACGACCCAAUGAUGGACGCCCUGAUGGGCACCGAUCCGUUCUACGAUCGCUUCCCGUGGUUCCGGAUGAUUGGAAGGGCAUUCGUCUACCUCUCCAACCUGCUGCACAACGUUCCCCUAAUCCACAAGGUUGCCGUGGUGAACGAGAAGGGGGAUGUGAAGGGCUACUUGAAAGUGGCAAUCGAGCCGAUUAAGAAAGGAGAACCAGAGCCCCCACUGAAAUCGGGAGUACGACAGAUGGCCCGGCUCCACUUCAGAAAAGAAGAUUUUCUAAAGGCCGUCCACCAUAAUGCGAAGGAAGAACUGGACGUCGAAUACCCAAAGCACAUGCAAGAAGAUGAAAUCUUCUCUUUCCGUGUCGUCGUCCUGCAGGCCACAUCGGUCUCCGAACAGUACACCGACGUCUUCUGCCAGUUCAACUUCCUACACCGGCACGACGAGGCUUUCUCCACCGAGCCCAUGAAAAACAACCAACGAAGCGGCCUGAACUUUGACCACGUCCAAAAUCUUAACAUCAAAAUGGGUCGCACCUUCCUUCACUAUGUGCAUCAUUUCCCGAUCAUCUUUGAGGUCUUCGGCCAUUAUCAGCCUCAACCCUCCGGGUUCGCCUUUGAGCGCCAGACCAGCCAAGUGAUGAGCCGUCGAAUGUCAACGAGCCAACUAUUCCCGGCACCAUCGUUGGUCAUCUCAACACCCGUCAAGAGCAAGAAGACCGCUCCCACACCGACUCAAAACUCGACACCAGUCCGAUGCAAGUACGACAUCCUGGUUUGGUUUGAGAUAUGCGAAUUGGCCAACAGUGGAGAUUAUGUUCCCGCUAUCGUCGAUCACGCGCAAGGGCUACCAACCCACGGCGUAUUCCUUCUCCAUCAGGGCAUACAACGAAGAAUCAAAAUCACCAUCUGUCAUGAGAAGGGCGACAUCAAGUGGAAAGAAUGCCAAGAGUUGGUCAUCGGACGGAUAAGAGCCGGGCCUGAAUGGAAUGGUGACGAUGUCGAUGUUCUUUCGCUGGGCCUUUUCCCAGGCACAUAUCUGGAAUUCGCGCACGACGACCGAACCUUCUUCCAAUUCGAGGCGGCUUGGGAUAGCUCGCUCCACAACUCCCCACUGCUCAACCGUGUUUCCAAUUAUGGCGACCAGAUCUAUAUGACGCUGUCAGCCUAUAUGGAGGUUAGUCUGCCACUCGCGCCAAAAAAGUUCCUCAAGGUCGAGGGAUGUUGCCAGCCGGCCGUCAUCACGAAGGAUCUUUGUCUACUUAUCUACGCGCGCGACAGCAAGAUAUCCGCAGCUAGCCGGUUCUGCCGUUCGCUGAUCGGCGGUAUUUCGAAGGCGCCAUCUAUGAACCGAGUCCCCGGCGUGUACGAGAUCGCUGUGAAAGAUGCCUCCGAUUCAGGUAGUCCAGGUGCGGUUCGACGACAGCGCCGCGUUCUGGAUACGUCAUCGGCCUACGUUCGUGGUGAAGAGAAUCUGGGACAGUGGCGACCACGCGGCGACUCCCUCAUUUUCGAGCACCAGUGGGAGCUGGAGAAGCUGGCCAGAUUGCAGCAAGUCGAGAGGGUGCGGCUCUUCCUCCGACUCCGCGACAAGCUCAAGAAGGGCAAAAGCUCGCAGGGUCCCAAGACGCCAGUUUCUCCCUGCGAUCCGGUGCGGGCCAUUCCAGACAAGGUGACGAUGGAUGAGAAGGAGAAGGGCAUUGUUGGAAAGGUUCUGAAUCUGAUCCACCGCAAAAUCCCGACCAACAAAGAGCCUCCGACUGGCCGGCAAGAUAACAAGGAGAGCGACGACAGCGGUAUCACAUCACCACUCAGCGACAAGGCGAUGCGCUCUUCUGAUCCCGAGGUGCCAAUCGGGAAACGGUCGGAUCUGGCGCCAGAUGAGGCUCCAUUCGGUAUGAGGAGAUCUCCAAGUGGGCACACAUUGGCCUUACUUGUCCCAGAGGUGACUGAAGAACGAGUCGGCGUCGUCGUGUCAAAGAAGGGCUAUAUGAAUUUCCUGGAGGAGAAGACGCAGGGCUGGUUGAAGAAAUGGGUGGUGGUGCGGAGGCCGUACUUGUUGCUGUUCCGCGACGAAAAGGACUUGGUCAUUCGGGGCGUCAUCAACCUGGCGAACGCGCGCGUGGAGUACAGCGAGGAUCAGCAGGCCAUGUUGAAGGUUCCUAACACCUUCUCGGUCUUGACGAAUCACCGCGGGUUCCUGAUGCAGACAUUGGCAAACGACGAGAUGUACGACUGGUUGUACGCAAUCAACCCGCUGCUGGCCGGCCAGAUCCGGGCUCGACAAUCCGCCGAGGCCAAGCCGGUCGACUCCACCAACGGCCAUGCC